CAGGUGGAGUUUUUUUGGUUGUGUAUUUGGACAGUCACAGGGAACAAACUCCGAGUACACAUCAAAUGCAAGAGCCCAGAGCUUGAAUUUUAGUGUCGACAAAAGGGGUCUCGAUCGGUUUUGUUCGAUUGGUACAGAUAAAGCAGAAAGAUUUUUUUGUAAAACUCAGAUGGCUGAUAAUUCCAAGGAAGACUUUCUGCAGUUGGUCAAGCGUGUCGGAGCUUUUCUCACCCUCAAGUUUUCCAAUCUCUUCCGCAACCUGGAUUCACGAUCUGUUGGGGCCAUAGCUGGGCUAGCAUUUGCAGUAGUUUUUACUUGGAGAAUAUUGAGAACACCAAGUGGGCCUCAAAGAAGGCAACCAAAAAGGCAAGCUCCAACGAGUAGUAAUUCUGGUGGCAGUAGUCAUGAAAGUGUUAAUGCUUCAUCCUCUGGGGUUAGCGAUCCUUCAGAAGAUUCUAGAACCCAGAAUGUGAUCGAUGAGUUCUUUCAGCCUGUGAAGCCAACUCUUGGCCAAAUUGUUAGGCAAAGGUUGAGCGAAGGAAGGAAGGUAACAUGUCGGUUGCUUGGUGUCAUCCUUGAGGAGAGCAGUGCAGAGGAGCUGCAGAAGCAAGCAACUGUCAGGUCAUCUGUUCUAGAGGUGCUGCUUGAGAUCACAAAGUUCUGUGAUCUUUAUCUGAUGGAAAGGGUGCUGGAUGAUGAAAGCGAAAAGAAAGUUCUUACAGCUUUGGAAGAUGCUGGUGUUUUUACAUCUGGUGGCUUAGUCAAAGAUAAGGUUCUUUUCUGCAGCACGGAGAAUGGACGGACAUCUUUUGUGAGACAACUCGAACCAGAUUGGCACAUAGACUCCAAUCCUGAAAUUAUUACCCAGUUAGCCAGAUUCAUCAAAUAUCAGCUUCACAUCUCACCCGUCAAGCUUGAACGACCUGCCUCCAAUGUUUUCACAGCGACAUCCUUGGAACAAUUCUUCGGAUGCGGCUGAUGUGCGCUAUUGCUGCUUUUCAGAUGAGUAACAUUUACUUCAGUCUUAGAAGCGUAAAAAGGGUCUACCGAUACAAGUAUUAAACUUCAGCUAAACUGAUUACUUUUAUCCUUUGAAGUCAUCGAAAAUUUCGUCAUUGUACUUUAAUAGUGUAUUAUAGUUCAGAAUAGAACCUUGCUCCUUGCAAUUGAACCCAUUCUCUGAGUUGAUACCUGUUGUUUUUUAUCUCAACUUCCAUUUUUACCAUAUUUUUUCAUCUUA